CCACGCUGGACUAUAAGAAGUGUGAGAGUCUGACAGGAAGGCACCAUCCGGUCCAAUUCUCCUGACGUACAGGUCUUGUCCACUCAGCAGCCAUGAAAUUCUCCCUCAUUGUCGCCGUCGUCGUGCUUGCCUUGGCACAAGGAAGCUUUGCACAGGAAGUUACCGACCUUGAAAGGCUCGGCCAGUACUUUGAGGAGAUGAAGAACAAAAUGACCCUGGAGCUGACUGAGAUCAUCAACAAACAGGACCUCGCCAGCCAGGCUCAGAAUAUCCAAACCCAGCUGGAGCCCCUGGCCGCUCAGAUCCAGGAGCAGCUGAAGACUGUUGCCACCAACGUCGAGGAGCAGAUCAAGCCCAUGGCCACCGAGAUGCAGGCUCAGAUCCAGCCCAUGGUCGAUAACUUCCAGAAACAGGUGGAGGCCAUCUUCCAGAAGCUGACCGAGCAGGCCAGGGCCAUUGGCAACUAAACCAAUCGUCCUUCCAGAAAAUGCAAAUGUGCAACCCGGUACUACCAUCUUUCUCCGCCGGAGUUAACGGAGCUACUUGCAUUCAAUGACUGGCCUGACAGUGGCAGAAAUACAACAGCCCAAGAUGUGUUUCACAGAUUGUUAACAUUGACAUUAUCAUCCAUCACAAAGUGCAAUUAAAACUUGAAACACAA